AUGGGGAAUGUUAAUGGAAGAGAAGAAAUUGGUGACAAUAGCCAAUCUGGCGUUGAUGGUGGUGGUAGGUCCAUCAAGAAACCAUGGAAUGUCAAAGUUGUGAUGUCAAGAGUUCUACCUUUAAUGCCAGUGGUCCCUUUACAAAGACCCGAGGAGAUGCAUAUCGCAAACCCUUCAUGGAUGCAAACCACCUCAGGAUACGAAGACUUGAAUGAUGAACAGGGAGUUCCCACAUUGAUACCAUGGACCUAUGAUGGCAAAGAAGUCGCUGUGGAGGGAUCAUGGGAUAAUUGGAAAUCUAAGAACCAUUUGCAAAGAUCUGAGAAAGAUUUCACCAUUUUGAAGGUGCUUUCUUCUGGAGUUUACCAGUAUAGGUUUAUAGUUGAUGGACAAUGCAGGUGUUCCCCUGACUUGCCAUGCGUCCAGGAUGAAGUAGAAAAUACUUACAACAUUUUGGAUGUGAAGGAUUAUGUACCAGAAGAUAUCGAAAGCAUUUCUGGUUUUGAACCUCCUCAGUCCCCAGAUUGCAGUUACAGUAACUUGCAACUUGGAGCAGAGGACUACACCUAG